AUGCAAGUCACUACGCUUCCCAUCUUUUCUCAAGGCGAACUAUAUACUGCCGACCCCGUUGACUUUUCUCCGCUUCACCAAGAGAUUUCCCAGAGUAGUGGGGACUCUAUAGCGAAGCAAGCCAUCGAUCGCCUUUCCGAGUUACACAAGUCCUUUGAGAGUUCCUCCUCAUGUUCCAUAGAGUCACUUUUAGAGUACGACUCCCUCCUUACUCAUUUAUCCCGAGCACUUCACGACACUUUGACUUUGACAUUCCGCUGGAACAUUCCCAUCUACACAUCAAAGAAGACUGGGACUCUCUUUAUCACAAAGACGACGACAACACUGAACUACGACCAAGUCGCCUCUUCCUCAAUUUCCUUUGAAAAGGCUCACGUCUUAUAUAAUGCGGGUAUUUUACUCUUCCGCGUUGCUUCCUCACAAGCCUCCGCUCAGUCGAGUAUACCAGAAGCUAUCAAAACCUUCUCUCAAGCGUCUGGCAUCUUUUCCGAGACGGUCUCGCUUGCGGACAAAUGUGGUCUUUCCCGCGAAGCGGAAGAUGCGCGGAAGUAUCAAGCUCUUUCCCGAGGCUGUGCGCAGUUGGCGUUCUAUUUAAAGGCGUUAGCGGCGAAUUCCUCGGUGGUUCUCCGUGAGAAGAUCAUUGGCGGAGCUGUCGAGUUACUACAGAGUUUUAAAGGAGGUAAAAGUACUGAAAGUGGAGGGAAGAACAAUGAGAGGGCGUUGUAUGUGUACGCAUACUUUCUGGCGCGGGUGGCUGCUGGGAUGGUAGCUGAAGAGGAUGUCGAGUAUGGAGUAGCCAUAGCUCAGUAUAGUGAAGGGGUGAAAGAGAUUAAAGAGACCUCAUUAGCUAAUGAGACGUAUGUGAAGGAGGUGAAGGACAAAUUAAAUAGUUUGAAGAAGGAUAAUGAAGAGAUUUAUAUGUCGAAAAUCCCGGAGGUUGUACCGGCUUUACAGAGUCGUGUGUGUGUCAGUGAUGUGUCGUAUGAGCUGCAAAUAGAGGAAAGUCCGUUCAAGUCGAUCGUCCCACCACAACUGAGAAAUGCACUGAACAAGUACAAAAGUGAGUCGUCGAAAAUUGUCAGCGACACGAAGACGAUGAUACCCAAUUUCACACAACAAGGCGACGAGGUCGUGCAAGGAAUUAAUUUGAGGAGUUUAGAGACGAAGGUGGAGAAUAUGAAGAACAUGCCGAAUAGUUUGAAGAUCGUUGUAGCUAAAGUGAAGAACUGUGGUACUCCGGAGGACGCAUUAAAGAUGUUGGAUACUGUGAAUGAAAGGAUUAAGAAGAUUAGGAGUAUGAUGGACGAGAUUGAUGACGUUAUUACUCAUGAGACGGGUGAGGAGAAUAAGAAAAGGAGCGAAUACAAAGACCUGUGGAAGAGACAAGUGUCAGAGGUGUACUGGCAGGAGAUAGUGAGGAAGAUGAAUGUGAUCAAAUCGGCUGUGGACGACGCCAAAUUGGUAUAUAACAACGGAAAGAGUGAAGUUUUGAAAACGAAGAAUGAAGUCAGUGUGAUGGUGGCGGGGGAGGAGGCGAUACUGAAAAACAUUCCCGCGACGGAGGGAGACAAACUGAAAGAAAUGGUUUUGCAAAUGACAGAGCUGUUUGAUCGGUGGGCGUUGUUAAAAGUAGCACGGGAGAAGUUAGUGAAUGGAGUGAUAGAACUUGAGUCGACGCAUCAGAAGGGGCUUCUUGAGAGCAUCAAAAGUACAGGGGACCCCGACUUGUUUGUGAUGAAUUUAUUAAAAGAGUUUUCUGAGAAGACUGGGGAGGUGCAGACGUCAUUAAAUGAGCAAGCGAAUUUGAUAGGAGAAAUUCAACAACUGAACGGCGAAAUUGGUAAGUUUGUGUCGAGCGCGUUGGACACGCGAGGCGCCGUGUUUGUGGAAUAUCAGAAGAGCGGGGAAAGCUUUGUGGACGUGUACAAUAAAAUCGUUGAGAAGGGAGUCUUCAUGGAAAACGUUGAAGAAGACGCGGAAAGUUUAAAACGAGAGGCGAAGAAGUGUGGAGAGGCGAGGAAGAGAGAAAGUGAAGAGGUGGAAGAACACGCGAAAGAGGAGAGGAAGAGAAUUGAAGAGGAAAAUAAGAAGAUCGAGGAACUGGGGAAGAAGAUGCUGGAAGCAAAUUUGAUGAGUCAAAGAAAAGAAGAAGAACAAGGAAAAGGGGAAACACAAUAUCAGAUGAUGCAAGGGCAGGGAAGGGAAGAACAUCUAUAUGCUAAUGCGUCUGGACAGGCGCAGGGAAAUGUGGGACAAGGACAAAAUGUGGGGAUGCAAAAUCAAAGUGCUGGAGGAAUUCAACAACAACAAAAUUUAAAUCCGUAUCUUUCACAAUAUCCGACGUCUGCUGCACAACAAUUUGAUAGUAACAGUUUACAAAAUCAACAACAAGGAAAUGCAGGACAACAACAACAAAACUCGGAAUAUUUGAGUCAAUACCCCUCGUCGACUGGGAACGCAAAUCAAAUGCCAGUGAAUGCAACACAACAACAGGCGCCCCAGUAUCAAAGUCAAUAUCCCACUUCCACAGCUAAUCCACAAAUGAGUCCACAAAUGGAUCCUAAUAUGAUGACCCAAAGUUAUGCCCCACAAUAUAAUCCAUAUCAAAAUAGUAUGCAACAAAAUAACUUUGUCAUGGGCCCACCAGGUGUACCAACUAUGCCGGGAAUGUAUGGAACAGCACCAGGGUAUGCAAAUGCACAAUACCCGGGACAACAAACACCAGUCGGUGUUUUACCACCACCAGGAAUGCCGUAUGGUGGGAUGCCGAAUGGAUAUGGGGCACAACAGUACCCAACACCUUACGGAGGAUACACGAUGUUCUAA